GCCGUCCUCCUACCUCCGGGACGCCAACCCGGAACUGGCCUCGGCUCCCUUGGGAAGGACGGAGCGCCUGGCCAGGUGUGGGAGCCUGAGCAGUGUGUGCGGGCUACCGGCAUCAGGCUACAGAGGGACACCCUCAUUGUCCCCAGGGCCCCAGACCAGGUGUGCCCUCCGCAGGAGGUUGCACGACGGUUUAGAAGGCAAAGGCGCCCCGCCCCAGCUUGACCAUGGCGCCCCCAAGGGACGUGGUGAAGAUCGCCGUUCAGAAGCGUGAUGCCAUCCCGCAGCUCAUCCAGUUGGACCAGGCAAAGCCCCUGGCCGCUGUGGUGAAGGAGGUGUGCGACGCGUGGAGCCUGGCUCAUUCCGAACGCUAUGCCCUGCAGUUUGCCGAUGGACACGGGAGAUACAUCACUGAGAAUAACCGCUCAGAGAUCAAGAAUGGCAGCAUCCUGUGCCUCAGCACUGCCCCAGUAAAGCCCCUCCUGGCCCCACCCUCAUUCCCUGCCCCACUGCCAUGCUUCCUUUCUGUCCCCCUAUGCCUCUGCCCCAGGUCUAGAGGCUCCAGUCACAUCCCUGCAGUGUUCCACCUGGUGGACACCCUGGUCUCCGCACCUCCACCCAGCCUCCUCAUUCACCUUUGCUUCUGCUCCUGCCCCUGCCAGGACCUUGAGGCCGAGCAGCUGUUGGGUAGGCUGCAGAGCGGGAGUCGUGAGGGGCGCCGAGAAGCCCUGCAGCACCUUGCCCUGCUGGCCCCCGACGUGACCUUUGCCCAGGAGGUCAUCAGCCGUGAUGGGCUAAAGAGGCUAGGCACCAUCAUUGAGGAAGGGGACGACCUAGGGGAGGUGCUGGCCCUUGCACUGCAGGCCUUCUUGGAGCUCAUGGAACAUGGAGUGGUGUCCUGGGAGACGCUCACUAUCCCUUUUGUUAGGAAGGUGGUGUGCUAUGUGAACAUGAACCUGAUGGAUGCAUCUGUGCAGCCCCUGGCCCUCAGGUUGCUGGAGAGUGUGACCUUAAGCAGCCCUGUCCUGGGCCAGCUGGUCAAAAAUGAGGUUACACUGGAUAGGCUGCUGGUGCACCUACAGGUGAUGAACCAGCAGCUGCAAACCAAGGCCAUGGCACUGCUGACAGCCUUGCUGCAGGGGGCCAGCCCCACUGACCGUAAGCAAAUGCUUGACAAACUGUGGCAGAGAAACCUUCGCCCGUUCAUCUAUAAGAACAUCAUCCACAGUGCAGUGCCAAUGGGUGACGAGAUGGCUCACCACUUGUACGUGCUGCAGUCCCUUACACUGGGGCUGCUGGAGCCGCGCAUGCGGAUGCCACUGGACCCCUACAGCCAGGAGCAGCGGGAGCAGCUGCAGGCCCUGCGCCAGGCUGCCUUUGAACCAGAAGGGGAGUCCCCCAGUGCUGGGCUAAGUGCUGACCGUCGCCGUUCCCUCUGUGCCCGUGAGUUCCGCAAACUGGGCUUCUCGAAUAGCAACCCUGCGCAAGACCUAGAGCGCGUGCCCCCCGGCCUGCUGGCCCUGGACAACAUGCUCUACUUCUCCAGACACGCACCCAAUGCCUACAGCCGGUUUGUGUUGGAGAACAGCAGUCGCGAGGACAAGCACGAGUGCCCCUUUGCCCGGAGCAGUAUCCAGCUGACCGUGCUGCUGUGCGAGCUGCUCCACGUUGGGGAGCCCUGCUCCGAAACGGCCCAGGACUUUUCACCCAUGUUCUUCGGCCAAGACCAGAGCUUCCAUGAGCUCUUCUGUGUGAGCAUCCAGCUGCUGAAUAAGACCUGGAAGGAGAUGCGGGCCACACAGGAGGACUUUGACAAGGUCAUGCAAGUGGUCCGGGAGCAGCUGGCCCGCACGCUGGCCCUGAAGCCCAGCUCCCUAGAGCUCUUCCGAACCAAGGUGAACGCGCUCAACUACGGGGAGGUGCUGCGACUGAGGCAGACAGAGCGCCUGCAUCAGGAGGGCACGCUGGCCCCUCCCAUACUGGAGCUUCGGGAGAAGCUGAAGCCUGAGCUCCUGGGCCUGAUUCGCCAGCAGCGUUUGCUCCGCCUCUGUGAGGGGACGCUCUUCCGCAAGAUCAGCAGCCGGAGGCGCCAGGACAAGCUAUGGUUCUGCUGCCUGUCCCCCAACCACAAGGUGCUGCAGUAUGGGGACGUGGAGGAUGGUGCCAGUUCACCUGCCCUUGAGAGCCUCACAGAGCAGCUCCCUGUGGCUGACAUCAGGGCACUACUGACUGGCAGGGACUGCCCGCACGUCCGGGACAAGGGCUCCGUGAAGCAGAACAAGGACCUCUACGAGUUAGCUUUCUCAGUGUGCUACGACCAUGGGGAGGAGGAGGCGUACCUCAACUUCAUUGCCCCCUCCAAACGGGAGUUCCACCUUUGGACAGAUGGGCUGAGCACCCUGCUGGGCAGUCCCAUGGGCAGUGAGCAGACACGGCUAGACCUGGAGCAGCUGCUGACCAUGGAGACCAAGUUGCGCUUGCUGGAGCUGGAGAAUGUGCCCAUUCCUGAGCAGCCACCCCCUAUCCCCCCGCCCCCCACCAACUUCAACUUUUGCUAUGACUGCAGCAUCGCUGAACCUUGACAGGUUGGCCAAGGGCAACGGCUGCUGCCACUGUGGUGGCCAUGAAGGGUGAAGGGUGGAGAAAUGCAGACACCCUGAUCAGCAGAGUCUGCAGCAGAAAUAAAGUCUGUUUGGCUCUUG